CCCCAAAACCCUCAAAAUCUCCAAAUACGGCCCUGGCCGAAACCCGAAUUCGCUCUCAUCUUUAAUCGGAACCAAAUCUAAAACGAUCGUCGCUCGACAGCAUUCCGGAAAGCUAGCCUUGGCAGCAAACUCAACUCUAGAAUAAACAGAAGAAGAAGAAGAAGAAGAAGAAAAUGGAAGGAGGAGAAGAGAACGGGGCGGGGAAGAGAGAGUUAUACGCACUGCUACACGUAUCGCCAGAAGCUUCCGACGAAGAAAUCCGAAAAGCGUAUCGCCAGUGGGCCCAGGUCUACCACCCCGACAAGUACCAAUCUCCUCAGAUGAAGGAAAUUGCCACCAACAACUUUCAACGAAUAUGUGAAGCUUAUGAAAUCUUAUCUGAUGAGAAUAGAAGGCAAAUAUAUGAUAUAUAUGGCAUGGAAGGAUUAACAUCUGGUUUGGAACUUGGUCCUAAACUGAACAAAGCAGAAGAGAUUAAGGAAGAACUAGAAAGAUUACGGCGUAGGAAGGAACAUGAAAAGAUGUCUGCUCAUACCCAACCUUCUGGUUUGAUUCUGGCAAAUUUGUCUUUGCCACAGUUUCUUCAAGGUGGUGGCAUCGUUAGAGGAUUGGAAAUGUCAAGUCAGUUUCAGUCUCAAAUAUCCAAACGCAAUGCUAUUGCUAUUGGUGGAAAUCUAGCUGUUAAUGGAAAGUCUGGUGGUGGCGCUGCUAGUGCAGUGGUUAGGCAUCAGAUUUCGUCAGUUUCCUCCAUAGAGUUCAUGGCUUCUACUGGUUUACGUGCAGUGUUAGGGGUUCAAACAUCUCGCCAGUUGUCUCUGCACUCCACGGCAACUAUGGGCUUUGCAAUGUCUUUGAAAGAUGGUUCUGUUAACCUUUCUAAUUCCUGGACUCGCCAACUCUCUGAGACAUCGAAUGGGAAUCUUGUUUUAGGUCCAGAGUCAUUUGUAGCUGUUGGUUGGCAGAAAAAAGAAGAGAAGAUGUCUGCUUCUGGAGAAAUUAAGAUUGGCACAAGUUCUUUUGGAGCAUCAGCUCAUUAUACUCAUCGCUUCUCCACAAAGUCUCAUGGGCGCAUUGCAGGUAGAUUUGGAAGCACUAAUCUUGAGAUUGAAAUUGGGGGUGGAAGGAAAAUAUCUCAAUUCAGUACUGUCCGUAUGUUGUAUUCAGUGGGAAUUCAGGGUAUAUUUUGGAGAUUUGAACUACAUCGUGCUGGCCAAAAGUUAAUAAUUCCUAUUCUACUUUCCAGGCAUUUGAAUCCUGUGACUGCAACUGGAGCUUUCAUCAUUCCAACAUCAAUUUAUUUUUUACUCAAGAAUUUUGUUGUCAAACCUUAUUACCUUAAAAGAGAACAACUGAAGGCACUAGAGAAUAUGGAAAAGACAUCAGCUCAGGUUAAAGAGGCAAGGGCAGCAGCAGAGAAGGCACAGCAAUUAUUACAAAAUGUGGCCAAAAGGAAAAUGAGCAAGCAAAUAGAAACACGUGGACUGGUAAUUACUAGAGCAGUUUAUGGAAGUCAAAAAGCUUUGAAGAAAAGAGAUGAAGCAGAAGUAAAAGAUGAAUUAGCUUCACAAGUUAUAGAUGUCACUUUGCCACUAAAUUUUCUGGUCAAUGAUUCUGGGCAACUUAAGCUUCACGAGGGUGUAAAGAAGUCAGGUAUUAUGGGCUUCUGUGACCCUUGUCCAGGAGAACCUAAGCAGUUGCAUGUGGAGUACACUUUUAGUGGCCAGAGUUUUCAGGUGGUAGUUGAUGAUUAUGAAGAACUGUUAAUACCCCAGGUACCCUCAUCCUGCUCUCUGUAAGGGUCCCAGAGACUACCUUGAAGGGCCUGCAAUACAAAUGUCCCUUGAUCUAACUCUACUACAGGAGGCAGUGGACUCGCUAUUGCAGUUCAUCUGGGUGCCCUUGCUGAAAUAAUCACCACUUGUCUUAUAGCAAUUGUGCUCCCCAGGCCACUUCUAUGCAGUUAGGCAGGGAAAAUCGAGCUUCAGUGACAGGAAUAUAAUAAUGUGUAUCCCUAAAAUGACACAACAUAGAAUUUGAGUUCUCUCUCUCUCUCUCUCUCUCUCUCUCACACACACACACACUCUGUUCUCACAUCGUAUGAUAAAGGAGGAGAUGAUGGAAAUAAAUGAGAUUUCAAUCUUUUUGAUGAUUUAGGCGAAAGAAAUGAAGAUAUGAAUUAAGGAAUUCUGUUGGAAUUUUUAGAAAUUUACCAGUGUCAGGGAUUCAUGGAGAUGUUCACCUGCUUUCCUGAGAUUAUUCAUAUAGAUCGAUGGGGUCCUUAGGAGGGAAUAUGUUUAAUAGUAAUCUACAUUGGCGAUUCAAGGGCACCAAGGAGUGAGCUAGGACUGGACUACCAGCUGCUGAAUUGUUUCGAGGGCCAACUGAAGUGAUGAUUGCUUUUGGUGCAAAGCAGGGGAGAAUUCUUUGUUCUGAGGUAAAUCAAUUGCUGUAGAUAGCAUGUUUGCUCUUUUAACUCCUUUACAGGAAUGAAUUGGCUAUUUAGUUAUUCUUCCUUCCUCCUGCUGCUGCCAUGCCCAACAAAGUAACAUUCAAUUGAAGGUAUUCUUACCAAAUUUUAACUCCCAUGUCCAAAUUCCAGAUUUUGAAUUUGGGUAAUGAUGCAUAAAAUAG